UUUUGUGCCGAUCACAGAUCAUUUAUAAAUCAAAAAAUAAAUAAAAAUAAAACAGCGUCUUGUGCAACAAAUAAACAGUAAACACCGAACAAGGUGAAUUGAAGAAUACAACAGAAAGUGCUCCCUACGCCUCAAGGUAAAGCCGCUGCACUAGUCCAAAUACUCAAACAGUGAUCAUAGUACACAUCUUAUUCACACCUAUUUCCACACAAGCCCACGCAAUACCACCGUGUUUUUAGUUGAAGAUGCUCACAUUGAAACGAAAUGUUGUGUUCUUAGUAUUACGGUGAAAAGUGAAAUUAUUUGCGGGGUCCGUGUGGAAUUAGUUUCGGAAAAUACCUACUUAGAAAUAUAGAUUUAUAUUAUAAACUUAAUGGACGCUGACCGCCAACACAUUAUACCAAGUACAUUAUUACAUAAAUAUUCAAUUAUUUAAACAUAUGGAAUCUGAAUUGUCGCCAGAUAAACAGAAAAAUAUUCCACCGGUGCCUAUUAAAACAUACCAAUGGGAAGAUUUGCGGCGAGCUCGUGAGGCGGGAGGAUAUCCUUGGACACAUCUGUUGAAGAUCCCAUUAGAAGGUGAAAUUACCGCUGAAGAUAUCAUCCGAGAAACUACGCCAAGAAGAAGCAUGUCGCGGGAAUUUACUAGGUCACGAACUCAUUCACCGGUUGAUGGAGACUUGCAAAAGAUCUUGAACUUAGAUUCUUCUCCAGGAAGCAGUCGUAAACAUGGUGAGGAAGGAGAAGAUGAAGGUGUUCAUAUACCAAAUUUUUCAAAAGAAGUGUCACUUGAUUCUGAAGACGACGCUAUAAAUCAAGCUGUUCAAGCCUUCAUCGUUAAACGCCCAGAAAGUCAAUCAAGUUCACACUUAGUAAGUCCUGUAGAAAUACCUAAAAAUGUAUCACCAAAGGGAAUAUUAAAACGCCGUGCUCCAGAACAACAAUAUAUCGGUAUGUCAGAAACGAGAGAAAAGACUAAAUGUUGUCAUCCUCUUGUAAACAAGAUUAAGCACUUAGCAGAUAAAACUCUUCAUAAGUUAGAACGAUCUGAACCCGAAAAGUCACCAAUACCUAAACGAAAGAAAAAUGAGGAGACUCCAGAAAUUAGGCAACUGAAAUCUUCACCUGGUGCUGUAAGAAGACAAAAGUUUAGUGCUAUUAAAUUAGGAGAUUCUGAUGAAAUGAGUAAAACCAUGAGUAUUGACACGCCUCCUCCCAGAAAAAAGAAAGAACACAUUUAUGAAGAUAUAGAGGAAUCAAAAGGCCAGGAAGUCGAAAAAUCAUUAACAUUUUCUCCAGAUACUGAUAAAAAAAUAAAUGAUGAAGAAAAUAGGAGUAACAGUAAUAAGGAAAAUGAAAGUCUUUCAGAAAAGAAAUCGAUUGCUUCACAUGAUCCAAGCUUAGUUGCUGAAGAGAGUUCAUUAAAAUCUGAAGAUCACAUAAUGGAAAAACUACAUAAACAAAUCAAUAUUGACAAAGAAGCAUUAUUGUUAGAUGAAGAAAUGGAUUCUGAAGAACCGAACGUAGAUGAAAUUUUCCAAAACCAAUUGGAUGAAACAAGACCUAAAAAUGAUUCGCCUAAUAUAACAAUUACAGAAAUCAUAGAUGAGGACAUUGAAGUUACUAUAGAACAAACAACCACAAUCCCCAUCGAAACUUCGCCCAGCCCAAGUCCACGAGAUAACAGACAGAAAAAGGAUGUUGAUCCGUUUGACAGAGAAUGGUCAAAACCCAGCAGUGAUCACGAAUAUGAAAUCAUCGAAAAACCGCCGCCAAACAUUGUUUAUACCGCUCCGAGUAUAGACGAAAAGCCAAAGAUGACCAAGACUGACGACGAGUUGUCAAGUACCACUUCUUUGGAACGUAAAUAUUUACAACACACAUCUGAUGAAGAUGAAUCUAUGAAUGAUAAGGAAAUAAUCAAUCUCAAUGAAACUGACGAUGGAAUAUUAAAUGCCGAAACACUACAAAAGAACAUCGAAGAUAGAUUUUUUGUGAAUACCCCUUCAACGGUAUCUAGAACAGAAUGCGAAGUCAGUACCAGUCAAGUUGAUUCGUCAGCCUUAGAAAAUUUACCACUGAAGCGAGAUAGCCGAUCAAAGAAUCCCGAAAGUAUUGAUAGUAAAAUACAACAGCGCAUUAAAGAAGGUACAGGAAAACUAAAAAAUCAAGCUGGUAAACUUAAAACAAAAUUACAAAAUAUCAAAACAAAACAGUUUAGCAUGCCGGAAAGACCUAAGAUAAAUUUUCCUGAGAGGCCGCGAUUUAAAAUGCCCGAGCGUCCUAAAAUUUCUUUACCAGACAGGCCGAAAUUCACGUUACCUGAUAGAAGAAAAUUUAGUCUGCCAGAUAGACCGAAGUUCAAAAAAAUAAAUAUUUCAGAAAAGUUAAACCUUGGAGAUCGAAAGAAGUUUACUUUACCAGAAAGGCCUAAAUUUAAUGUUCCUGACCUUUCAAAAUUUAGGAUGCCAGAGAGACCCAAAAUUAAUUUCCCAAGUUUAGGUAGAAAAAAGGAGUACAAGAUUGAAACUGAACCAACCGACCCCAGUGAAGAAGUACAAACUGUCGCAACUGUAGAUUUCGAAGCUAAAACAUACCCUAGGUUAUUUAACAGAAAAAAGAAAUCUGACCUCCAAAAAACUUCAUCAUCACCAACGUUAGAUAGAGAAGAUACGCCUCCACCGAUAUUCACAUUUACUCGUGUUAAGAAAACUAAAGAAAAGCCUUCAUAUAGUGAAGACAGCCCUGAACAGCCUCGAGAAUAUGGAAAUAUUAACCGGGAUGAUUUUGAGUCUAGAGUAGAUGAACAGCGACAGUUCGAGAUUCCAUAUGAUUUUGACAGAAAUAAUACGAAUUAUUUAAAUGAAGAACCAAUACCAUCCGACUAUAAUGAUAAUAUUAAUUCAUCUAUAACAAAUAUUUCACCGUCUAACCAAGAAUACAACCCUGUAAUUAACGAAAUCGAUAACGACGAAUUUUUUGUUCGACCGAGAGGAAUUUCUCGCGAAAAUAUUCAAGUUAGAGAAUAUUUGAGCGAUGAAAUACGACAAGCUUUCAAAAUUCCGAAAAAUGUCCUUGCCACCAUGGGGGACGGUCCAGGGUACAAUAAUGAAAUUUUAUACGCCAAUGAACCCGAAGGUGAUCCAGAGCUCAUGAUUGAUGAAAACGACACUAUAAGAUACUCAACAGAAGACUUAAAUGAUAAAGAUGAUGGAUAUUACACAUUCCCACCUGUUAGGCCAUCUCGGGCUAAGAGAAAGAAAAAGGAAGUAGAACAAGAAUCUAUGAAAUAUAUAGAUGACAGUGUCAAUGCUAGCAUGCAGUUUAGCGAGGUGGAUUUGGAAUUAUCUGAAUACCCAUCUAGUGAAGUUAACGAAAACGUAGUAGAAAAUGGAGUGAACAGUCAUCUAGAGUUUUCUCCUUCAACGGAUCUGCAUUCAAUUCAUGAGUAUGCGAAUGAUGAUGUAAUUGAGUAUCCUGAAAAUGUACCGAUCCAGUCACAGACCUUGCCGAUGCCACCGAAGAGGAAGAAGAAAUUUGGUAAAAAAGACUUUAGGCAUUCUUCUUUGAAUGAUUUUAAAGCUCCCUCUGUUGGCUUGUGGGAGGAGACUUGCGAGCAACCAGACGAUAUAAUUGUUUACCGGACUGAACACGAAUACAUUGUGCCGCAAGACACAGUCAAUACUGUAACUGAACGAAGUCCGGUAGCUCCUCGCCGCAAUCGGUCAAGAAGUUCCAGAGGCACCUCGCUCUGUGACGACGAUCGUACUUCGCAUGGAGCUGAAUCAUUGACACUAGACACACAUGUACCACCAGCCGAGGAAAUGGAAGCUGACCGUGAAAUUCGGCAUGAGAGCCCAGGAUAUGCUACUGUGGAUAAAGGCCCAUAUGCACCGAACAAAGCUCUUAGAAGAUCAAAAAGCAAAACUCCACCUGCUCGUCGCAGGAAAAGUCACAGUUCAGAACGUAAAUAUUAUACAGUAGGUUCGACCAAAUCUAGUGUCCCAGAUCGUCCCCCAAGGAAGAAGUCCUCAACAAGUCUUAUGACAUUAGAUAGCCUUACAAAACGAUCUGUCAGUGGGGACCUCACACAAUACGUUGAAAUAGAUGAACCACCUUUUGAAGAAAUGCACAAAAAAUUGGAAUCCGGUGAAGUUGUAAGCAAAAUGAAGGACAGACCUCUACCACCACCACCGAGACCGCCACGAGGACCAAAAAGAAAAAAGAAGGACGCUGAAAACACGUUAGAACAAGAAAAUUUUGCUUCUAAUGCUCCAUCUGAAUAUUUCCCUAAGUUUUUAGGAGAUGAUCAAUUAGAUGAUCAAUUAAAAACUCAAGAAGUAGUAGAGAUUGAAGUGUCUACGCAGACAGAUCCUCUUCCCGAUGAUGUUGACUUUGAAUUAGGUAUGGAUGACAAUCUUGAUGUAUCAAUGUCUAGCUCGCUCAGAGAUAUAGUCGAUGAAGAGUCAAUGUUGGGUAGAAGUCAAAACAAACAUAUCGAAAGUCCUCAUAUAUCACGACCUACUUCCCGGUCUGAAAAGUCUUUAAAAUUAUCAGAUCCCAAAAUAUCUGAACUUUCAAAACCGAAUAUUGGUCGUACUUCUCCAACAGUUAUUUUAGUAGAGAGACGAGUUUCCAGCCCAACGCGUAUAAAUGAACGCGAUGAAAUGUUAACCGAAGCGUCUUUGACUGUCCAACAUAUAGAUAUUGAUGACUCACAGAUUCCUGAUGUGCCGCCAUUACCAAAAUCACGUGGUAUGCCACCAAUAUCGUCAACUCAAUCAAAACAUAUAGCACCUGUUGAAGAACGAGCCCUAGAAAGAAUUUCAGAUGCAAAUAGUAGAGAUGUGCAAUUCGAUAGUUUAAUUACCCAGCGCCUUCAGGUAAGAGAUCUAGAUGUUGGCCGAUUAAAUGUAACAGAACUUCAAGCCAGUAAAAUAAAGGUGUCUGAUAUUGAAGGGAUGACCAUGCAUGUGGCAGAAUUGGAUUCAAAAUCCGGUCAUAUCUCUGUUAGUGGGAUUGAAUUCUCACAAUCAGUAAUAGACGAAAUAGUCAAAAAGUUUGCGGAAAUAUCGACCAGCCACGCUUCACCACAAUCAGUAGAACAACGCUCUGAACAUCCAAGAACGGUGAUAAGGGAAGAACAAACGCAAACAGAUAAUUUAUCGAAGGAAACCAUGGAAGCGAAUCAUGUGGAAACUUUGUCGGAGGCAAAACCGAAACACAAUGAUGUUAAAAAGGCAGUAGUCGAGGCAGACAAACAAUCAGCGGAAAACCAAGCACAGGGACCACCUCCACCACCGCGCCCUGUCAGUGCGGAUGAGACUGCGGCACCACAACGGCCACCCCCUCCUGAUCUCACGCCUUUGUUGUAUUCAUAUCUUCAAGAUAUUGCUAUACCUCCCACAUCUUACUUUCCUCCAAGAGCUUAUAGAGAGAGAGUUUUCCCAGAGUUCCACGAGCCACAACACCAAUCACCACCACCGCCAACAAGACGAGCAAAAAGGAAACCAGCGGCUCAGUACUCCGGGUCUAGUUCCGAUGAAGACAGACCUCGUCCUUCUCCCCGGCGUAUGCCUCCACCAGUUAGAGCUCAUGAACCUACAAUAACUGAAGCUGGUGCUCAGUUCUUGAGGGUUUGCCACAACUCUAUCAGUAGAACUAUAAGAAACAUUUUCAAUUCUUUCAUGUCUUAUAUCAGUGGUAAUGAAGAUAAGAAAGAUGUUCAGAUGGCGUUGGUUAUAUUUUUGGUGCUGAUUGCUGGGUUGAUUAUGUUCGGUCUCAGUGACAGCAGGGCGAUUCACCAUCAUCAUUGGGAGUUCUUUAACCCUCCAGAUGGAAAACAAUGAUGUUAAACAACGGAAUGAAGUUAUAACUGAGGGUAACUAUUUAUACCUUAUUAAAAUCUUAUUUUUCUUUAAGCUAUUUUAAAGUUAAUGCUGUGAAAGUACAUUUUUUUAAUUUAUUUGUGCCCGUUUUUCGUUGAACACACGGGGUUAGACUUAGUUUUAUUUUCUAAAUAUUUAUUUGGUAAAUUUUUCUGAACUCGAUUACUAAAAUAAUGCAAUUGUCAUACUAAGAAUACUGUGCGACACGGAAAUGUUCAGACAAGGCAUUUUGCAAACAAGACUUUCCAUUACAGUUUAUUGGUAAUGAAAAUGUUACUAUUUUAUUUAAAUAACUUAGAUACUUAUAUAAUUUUAAUAACUAAAGUUGGCAAGAUAAUACUGUUAAUAACAAGUAUGAAAAUAACCUGUCCCCCUUAAAUUAAAAUGGCUAUAGAAGAAAUCGGAAGCUUAUUGUGACAUUAAAUUACUACAACCUAUGUAUACCUACUGUAAUUUAAUUUCUAAAAAUUUGGUGUGCUGGAAUAUAGAAGUCUUGGCCGACUUUAGAUAUCUACUAUGUUAAUUGUAAAUUUCAACUUAUUUUAAAAGGUAUUAACGUGGUGUAAUAUUAAGACGGUCGUUAUAAUUUCUACGUUUACAUGACGAAAAAAUAACGUCUUUAAUAUUGGAUUCAAACUUAGUGUGAUAUAAAAAUUUGUUAGCACCCAGAGAAAAUUUUUGAACAGAAAAGGUACAUGGCGCCUUCGGUCUUAAGUUCUGGGUACAAAGGCGUUUAACAUACUUUGCUCAAAAUUAAACUGUCCUUAAUGUUUUUUUUAAAAUAAUAUAGAUGAAAUCUAUGUAAACAAAGGCAAUGAAAUAAAAAUAAAUUCUAGUCUAUCAUUAUUGGCACAUUUGAAUGUGUAAUGAUUUUUUUGUUAUUAUGAUAUCAAAGAGUGUUGCCUAGUUGUAAUUUAUUAUCGAAAAUUAUCAUCGCUGGUUAUGUAAACGUAGUUUCGGCCGGUGUUAUGCAUUUUGUAAAUUUUUUUG